AGCCCUGGAAUGUAUACACUGUCUCCCUCCCCAGCGGUUCUUUCACAAAGCUCUAGAAAACUGUGAAAGUGCCUUCAGCAUAAACAAAUCCAGAAUUCUCCCAGAACAAAUUAUUUGCCAGCUGAAGGAAAGGCCUGGGUUUAUGGUUUCACUUGGAGCCAGAGGUGGAAACUCUCAGGAGGGACCGACCAGAGCAGCCAUCGGUGGAUGUCACGGCAGCAAAACAAGGUUGUCUGCAGAUGCUGUUUGCCUGGUACCUUUGAGAGCAAUCGUAAGCACACAGAGAGGUGUCAGCUGUGAGGUCUAAGGUGUAGGUGGCCUCCCCUUCCAACCUUCACUAAGCGAUAUUCUUGGCAAUACCCACAAGCAUCUCGGUGAAUGGACAUAGAUGCUCUAAAUCUUGGAGUCACCACAGUUCAACCCUCCAGCACGUGCUCCCUCUUGUGAAUUCUCCCCAUCUUUGUAGGAUGGACGAGGAGUCGCCAGAUGCACUGCUCUUCAAAGACCAUGACUUCUCCUCUGACUUGUUGAGGCAGCUCAACAGCUUAAGGCAAAACAGGAUCCUAACCGACGUGAGCAUCUGCACCGGGGCCUGGGAGGUACCCUGUCACCGCAAUGUGCUGGCCUCCAGCAGCCCCUACUUCAGGGCCAUGUUCUGCAGCAACUUCCGGGAGAGCAGGGAGGCCAAAGUCCAGCUGAAAGGCAUCGACUCCCCGACUCUGGAGCGGAUCAUCCUGUAUGUGUAUACAGGCGAGGUGCACAUCACCGCCAACACGGUCCUGCCCUUGAUGGAGGCCGCCUCCCUGCUGCAGUACCCCAAGCUGUUCGAGGCCUGCUCCUCUUACCUCCAGAGCCAGCUGACCCCCAGCAACUGCCUGGGCUUGAUCAGACUGUCUGAAAUCUUAAGCUGUGAGAGCCUCAGGAAGAGAGCCAGGGAGGUGGCCCUGGUGUAUUUCCCAGAAGUGGCGGCAUCGGCUGACCUGAAGGAGCUCUGUGCCUUGGAAUUGCGAGAUUACCUGGGAGACGAUGGGCUCUGUGGGGAGGAGGAGAAGGUGUUCGAAGCCCUCAUGGUUUGGGUCAAGCAUGACCUCCGGACCCGGAAACGAUACAUGCAGGAACUGUUCAGGCAGGUCAGGCUUCAGUACGUCCACCCAGCCUUCUUCCAUCACUUCAUCGCCAAUGACACCCUCCUCCAGUCCUCGCCCCCCUGCCAGACCAUCCUGGAGACAGCCAAGAAGCAGAUGUUUUCUUUGUACAGCACCACCUGUGCCCCCGACCUCCACCCUCUGUGGCACGUCCCCCCAAGAAGAUCUUACCAAGAUUUCCUCAUCCUCUUGGGUGGAAGGAAGGACAACCAGCAGACCACUAGGGAUGUUCUGCUCUACGAUGGACAGACCGGCCAGUGGCAGAGCCUGGCCAAACUCCCGGCCCGGCUGUACAAGGCCUCGGCCGUCACCUUGCACCGCAGCAUCUACGUGCUGGGAGGCAUGGCUGUGGGUGCAGGGAAGAGCGUGCCCAGUCACAACGUCUACAUCUUCUCCCUGAAACUCAAUCAGUGGAGGCUGGGGCAGCCCAUGCUGGUGGCCCGCUACUCCCACCGAAGCACUGCCCACAAGAACUUCAUCUUCUCCAUUGGGGGCAUUGGAGAAGGGCACGAGGUCAUGGGCUCCAUGGAGAGAUAUGACAGCAUCUGCAAUGUCUGGGAGAGCAUGGCCAGCAUGCCAGUGGGGGUCCUCCACCCUGCGGUCGCAGUGAAAGACCAAAGACUCUACCUUUUUGGGGGAGAGGACAUCAUGCAGAACCCUGUGCGCCUUAUCCAGGUUUAUCACAUUUCCAGAAACACGUGGUUCAAAAUGGAGACAAGAAUGAUCAAGAAUGUAUGUGCCCCUGCCGUGGUGCUUGGGGAGCGGAUUGUCAUUGUGGGAGGUUACACGAGGAGGAUCCUUGCUUAUGACCCUCAGUCCAACAAGUUUGCCAAAUGUGCAGACAUGAAAGACCGGAGGAUGCACCACGGGGCCACAGUGAUGGGGAACAAGCUGUACGUGACGGGCGGGCGGCGGCUGACCACGGACUGUAACAUCGAGGACUCGGCCUCUUUUGACUGCUACGACCCCGAGACGGACACCUGGUCUUCCCAGGGGCAGCUGCCUCACAGGCUCUUUGACCACGCCUGCCUCACUCUUCAAUGCAUCCCCCACACUCCCACCUUUCCCUGGGGUCCGUGAGAAACCAAGAGGUCUUCUGUCUUAGUCAGGAUGCUCUUGUUGCAAGAGACAGAACCCAACUCUACAAAGCUUAACCCUAAAAGGGUGCACGGAGAGCUCACAGGAAUGAAAGUUCCAGUGAGUUUGAAAGCCUGGAGCCCUGGAACCAACCCUACUGUUGACAGAACUCUGUCUCUCUCUGUCUCUCUUUUCUCGCUCCCCCUCCAUCCCCCCCUCCUUCUCUACCUCAUCUCUCCUGGCCUUUAUUCUACAAACAAGCUUCCUUAUCCACACAGUGUGAGGACAAUGGCAACUGGUAAAUCCAGACCCACCCUCUCCAGCUUGGCAUCUUCAGGAAAGAAUUUUACUCCCCCCCCACCCAAAACAAUGCUGAUUGGCCCUUUUUGAAUUCCACGCCUCCCUCCUUGAGCCAAUCACUGUUUCCAGAGAUUGUGUUGUCCAACUCUAGUUGGCUUCUCCUGGAUUAUGUCUCUACAGGCAGAGGUGGAGUUAACUAUUGUCAUUGUCAACCUACCCAAACUGCACAUAAUGGGACAAAAGUUCCCCAAAGCAAGAAAUGCUGGGCAAUAAGAACCACAUCUGCCCAGAUCAUCAUGGAAAUUCAGAACUAAAGGGUGAAGGACCCCAACAGGGUCCCUGGAAGCACUUGGUCCGGGUGGCAGCACGAACAAUUGGCCGUGACUGUGUCUCUCUGCAUUCUAGGAUGUAGUGUGUUGGAAUUCCAGAAGAGUAUGUGAAACUCAGUAUCUAGUGUCUGCAAAAUUAUCUGCACCACCAGAAUAAAGCUUGUUUCUAGUGCCAA